GCCGACCAGAUGAACCGGAUCGUGGAGGUGCUGGGGCUGCCGCCCCCCCACAUGCUGGAACAGGCCCCCAAAGCCCGCAAGUACUUCGAGAAGCUGCCGGAAGGGGGGUGGGCCCUCAAGAGGAACAAGGAAAGCAAGAAGGAAUACAAGGUGCCGGGGACGCGCCGACUCCACGAGGUGCUGGGGGUGGAGAGCGGUGGCCCGGGGGGCCGUCGGGCGGGGGAGCAGGGCCACGCGCCCUCCGACUACCUGAAGUUCAAGGACUUGGUGUUACGGAUGUUGGACUACGAACCCCGGAGUCGCAUCACCCCCUUCUACGCUCUCCAACACAACUUCUUCAAGAAGACCAACGAUGAAGGUACCAACACCAGCAACAGCACCUCCACCAGCCCCGCCAUGGAGCACAGCCACAGCACCAGCACCACCAGCUCCAUCUCCAGCUCGGGUAGGGUCACCAACCCCACCCGAGGGCUCGCGGGUGACGGGUCUCGAUGGGCUUUGGAGUUCUGGGUCAUCGUGGUGAUCCGAAACGCGGCCACGGGGCUCGGUCGUGUCCUGUUUCCGUCAUCGUCCCUCCAGGCUGCGUGUCCUGCGGGGUGA